UAUUUUUUUGCAUUUAUAUCGUAAUAGAUAACUUAAAUACAUCAAAUAGUUAUCAUUUCCUAGUAACUUUUGGCGUUUAAAAAUAUUCUAAAAUUGAAAUAUGAACUGAAUUAGUUUUAAUGAUUUACUUUAACUAAAAUAACCAAUAAAAAAAAAAAAACGCAUAGUAAAAUUAAUACCUUCUUAGCUUCGCAUCGAAGCUAAAAACGGUAGCACAGUGGGGUCGCGGCACAGUAUGGACAUGGCAUAGUUGGAAUAAGUAUAGAUGAUAUCUGACAGUGAUUAAAAUCACUAUUAAAGAAACGCUUCGAUGCAAAUCUGUAGAUAGUGUUUAAUUUUAAGAAAUUGGUAGAUUAUUUCAAAAGUAACAAUAACUCUUAUUUCCUUUAUUUUAUCCCGAUUAGUUAUUUGAUUUCUAAUUAUAAUAUAUAAUUAUUUGUAUGAUAGGCUAGGAACAAAGGAAGGUGAGAAAGAAAUCUAUAAACUUGCAAAAGUAAGAGAGAAUAGGACUAAAGAUUAUCAUUAUAUAAGGUGUAUAAAAAGUGCUGAUAUUAGGUUACUCUUGAGUGAUGACGAUGUGAAAAGAAGGUGGAAAGAGUAUUUUGAAAAAAUACUGAAUGAGGAGUAUCCAAAAGAAACGUUAGAGAAUAUCUCGUGGAAUGAGGGACUGGUAGAUUUAAUUAGUGAGAAAGAGGUAUCGGAGGCUGUGGCAUCAAUGAAGAAGAAUAAAGCAGUGAGACCAGAUGAAGUGCCAGCAGAAGUAUGGAAAAUAUUGGGCGGUGUUGGCAAAAGGUGGUUGAAGGAACUUUUAAAUAAAAUCUUAUUUGAAGGGAAAAUUUCAAAUGAUUGUAGGAAUAGUAUUGUGGUGCCGAUAUUUAAAGGUAAAGGAGACAUACAGGAGUGUGGAAAUUACAGAGGUAUAAAGCUUAUGAGUCACAGUAUGAAAAUUUGGGAAAAUUAAUAGAUAAGAGAAUAAGAAAUGAGACAUCGGAAUCUAAAAACCAGUUUGGAUUUAUGCCUAGUAAGUCAACAAUGGAGCCAGUAUAAUGUGUGAGGCAACUAAUAGAAAAGUUUAGGGAAAAGAAAAAAAAGGUGUGUAUGGUAUUUAUAGAUUUGGAGAAAGCGUAUGAUAGAGUACUGAGAGAGGUUUUAAAGUGAGCAUUAAUGAAAAAAGGAAGGUUUUCGGUUAGGAAUAGGAGUGCACCAAUGUUCUGCUUUAAGCCCUUGCUUAUUUUUUACUGUAAUGGAUAAAAUUACUAGAGAAAUACUAGGAGAGGUGCUGUGAUGCAUGUUGAUGGCUGACGAUAUAGUAUUAAUAGGAGAAAAUAGUGAGGAAAUUAAGUCUAGAGGCAUGGAAAUCAGCUUUUGAAGAAAAGGCUUUAACAAUACAUAAGAGUCAGAUUGGCUAUAUAUAUUGUUGGAUUGUUGGGACGUCUUUCUGAAAAUGUACUAAAAAGAAAAAAAAUACCAUUUGUUCUGCACCCAAAGAAAAACCUCAAUCAAAAUUGAAAGAGAAAUUUUAUCAAGGGUUUAUGAUAAUGUUUUAUUAAUACGAACAAAAUAACUAUUCUUAUAAAUAAUUAUUGUUCAAGACAAGAAAAAAAAUAUCAUAUUGAUAAAUAUAUCAUUGAUUCAUUAGUAAUGAUAUAUUUAUCAAAUUGAACAAUGAAUUUAUUAUAUAGAUCGAGGUUUUUCUCUGGGUGUGGGUCAGCUUUUUGAAAAUUGGUAUUAUCUUAAAUCCGUUAAUAAAUCAAAACAUCAAUUUUUUAUGGGCCUAUUUUUUACCCUCCAGAGACCAGAAUUCAAUUACCGACCCCUAGUUACUAGAAUAAUAAACCAAAAAGGCCUACUCUACGGCACUCCCCAUCUACUCUACCCAAUGAUUACACAUAUUUCUAUCCACCAGAAUAAUUUUAUUUUUUGUACAUUUUAAACAAUUUAAAACUUACCGUAACGUUAACACAUAUUUAACUUUUAAAUAUUUUUUUACUAAUAAAUUACCUUUAAAAAGCUUUUUUUUAAAUAUAAAUAUGCCUAGUGAUUAAUAGUGAAAAUAAAUAUUUACUUUGCAUAGUUUCACCAUAAUUAUUUAAACGCGUAUAACCCACGACACAUUUUGUAAAGUUUUUUUCGUAAUUUCCUCAUUAACUAACUCACAAAUAAUUAUUUUUUAGUAUUACUUAUUUUUUUCUAUAAAUUGCUAUUCGACAUUUUGAGGCCAAUUUCAGUAUGGACAAUUUAAAGCUAAAAAUCAUUAAAUCACCCAAGUUACCCGUGCCAAUAAAUAGACUGAGCAAUUCAUCCAACAAAACGAACUCCAUGUCCAUUGGCGUUAAAAAAACCAAAGCGUUGACAAAAGUCAACAAAAUUAAAUUAAAGGAUCAAAAUACAGCUACUGAAACUCGGACAAAUUUAAACAAAAAAUCUGCUGAAACUCCUGAAAUAAUCGUAAACACACAAACGACAUCUAUUGAUAAUGCACCGAACAAUUUUACCAAUACAAUCAUUAAAGAAUUCAAGCUAAAAUAUGAAGAAAUAAAACAACGGCGUCAUCGCAAUAAACAAUUUUAUAACAACGAUGAAAUUUUAUUGUCUGUAUUAGCAGACGCUUUUAGUGAAAAACUUCAAAGGAUACGGACCAUUCGUAAAACUGACUCUUCCGAGGCAACUAAAGAAGAAUUUAAAAAAAACUCUGUCUUGGGUAAUGAUAAAAAUAACGAGUCUUUGCCUAUAAGUCAGUUAGAGACUUUAAAAGAGCAAGCCGAUAUGAACUUACUCUCCUAUAAAUCCUAUCCAUUCGUCCCUCAGUCAGAUGUUAAAAAAUUACAAAUUCGGUUACUUCAAAGUCUUCUUCGCGUUAUGGUACAGCGAAAGUCAAUCUUGCAUCGAAUAAAGUGAAAUUCAUGUCUGCGAUCCCUGUUAAAAUUCCAGGUAAUAAAGUUUUUAAUGGUCAGUCAGGACAUAGAGGUCAUUUAGCAUCUGGCGUUCAUAAUAUGGACACCUCUAUGGUAUCAUCAAAACAAAACAACACAAACAAGAAAUUUGUGUCUAAGAUACCAACAAGGAACAAUGUUUCAAAAGAUAAUAAUAUUAGUAAUAAUUCAAUUAUUUUUAUGAUGUUAUUCACGAAUAAAUGAUAUUAAAUAUUACUUGAUUUUUUAGGGAAUAGUUCACUUAAGGUUUUAGAUUUAUCUUUGAACACUGGCAAUACAUUCAAUAGGUAUGCAGUUCAAUGUCAAAGAUUAAACAACUGUACUUCUCAAUGCCGAACCCUAUACCAAAAAUUGUAUUAAAAGGACCAUUAAAAUAACCACACAUUAUUAAAAUUAAUGGCAUAGAAGGAUAACUUUAACAACUAUUGUUGUUAUAUCAUGGAACUACUGCCUGAAAUUCUUAAUUAAAUUUGUCUCUGUAUGAAAAAAAAAAUGAUACAAUAUUAAAUACUAGUCUUAAAUAUUUUAUUUCAUUGUUAAUCAAAAACAUCACACUAAGAUUUAUGUACAUUAGUUGAUAUUUUGACAAUUUUGUGUUUGUA